AUGAGCGACGGGUCGGGGGAGUGGCGGGAGGACGGGGAUGGGGAUGCAGAUACGGACGCGUGUUGGGAUCGUCUCGGGAGGGACCUGACGGCGCUGAUCCUGUCCAAGCUGCCGCUCCGCUCCAUGCUCCGCGCCACCGCCGUCUGCAAAGCAUGGCGCGCCGCCCUCCGAGCAAGCCCCUCCUUGAAACAAGGCCGCCCCUGGCUGUUCCUGCACGGCCGCAGCAACGCCGGCGUCCCGCGCAUCGGCCGCAACGCCGUUGCUUACGACCCCGACGAACCGUCGUCGUGGGUCUCCUUCACCCUCCCGACCGACUGCGUCGCCGGCGCCGGGGGUUUCGCCUUCACUGCCCCCUCCCUCUCCCACCUCGCCUUCGCGCCGCUCCUGCGCGACGGCGCCUGGCGCCACGCCCCGCCCCUCGCUUCCUCACGGUGCAACCCCGUUAUCGCCGCGGUGCCCUCGGGCCCAAGCUCUGAGCGCCGCCACCUGUUCUUGGUCAUCGGUGGCGGGGGCUUCCCGGGGGGCCUUGUGGACAUCGAGGACAGGCUUCCCACGGAGCUCUACGAGUACGAUCGCCGCGGCGACGGUGCCGCCGCAGGAGGAGAAUGGGAGCAGGCCGCGCCCCUCCCCGAGGAGCUCAGGACGGGGAGCUCUUCCUCCCUGUCACUCUCCUCGGCGCUGGUCGGGGACCGCUUUUUCUUCGUGUGCGGGAUCUACUCGUGCACCGUGUCGGCGUUCGACCUGGCACGGCGAGCGUGGACGGCGCCGCACAACCUGUGCCCGGUGCCGGGGUUGGUGGCGGCGUUCGUGGCGACGGGGCACCGGGGGCGGAGGCUGGUGUUGGCUGGAGUGGAGGAAGGGAGAUGCGCGCUGGGGGUGUGGGACGUGGAGCCGCGCACGCUGGCGGCGAGCAAGAUUGGGGAGAUGCCGGCGGAUCUGGCCGCCGGCGUGCUGCCGGGAAGCGUUCGGUGCGUGGGGCAGGACGGCUUGCUUUACGUCUUGAGCGAGGAGGAGCACAGGGGGUACCCGGCCUGCGUCUGCGAGGUGAUCGACGACGACGGAGACGAGAUGGCGUGCAGGUGGAGCAGGCUGCCACCUCUGCCCGCGCCGGCGGGCAGGAGUCGCUUCCGCCGGAUGGUGGCCUUCUGCUCUCCCGUCCUCCUCCGUAAUCACCUCCACACGGACUGA